AGCACCAUCUCCCGUCUCUGUUGUUGUACGCCCCGAAAACACAGCAUCAGCACCAGCGCGUCAACACCACCAGCCUGCCUGCUUUCUGUGCAUACUUAGGUUACCUGCCUCCGUUCCACCAUGAGGUUUCCAUGACAAAGAAAGCGGCGAGACUAGGCCUCCAUUCCUCCUUCUCUGUCUCAUUUCGCGCAGUUAUGUCUUUGGUUCGCGGCUCCCUCUCGCCAUGCCUGCGGACCGCCUGUACCUGCUUUUCUCGCUGGUUGUGAUCUCCUGCGGGGAUGGUGUCGUGAGGGCGGCACCGGAGGGUGGUGUCCUCGGCGGCCUAAUCACGCUGCUGGCCGCGGAGGACAAUGCCAUCGCCACUGUCCCAAACGGAUCCAUCACCGGCCAGACGGCCCUUUCUCAGGUUCAGACUCCGUCUGCCCUAACACCAGAGCCGCCCUUUGCCCUGAGGGUCCUGGUGAAGGAUCAGGUGACCCGGCGGCGCCUGGGCGGGGCCCAGGUGGGGGUGUUUGUCAACCACACCCUGAGUAGCCAGGCCCUGACUGGGGAGAAGGGAGACGUGCUGCUCAGGGUCCCCUACAGCCUGGGACUCAGCCUCACCAUUGUAGCUAGCAUGGAGGGAUACGUCCUCACCCUGUUGCCCUGGAGGACCACCAAGAGACCUAUAUUCUCCUCAGUGACCUUAUCGCUGCUCCCUCAAAACCAAGGCAACAUCUGGCUGUUUGAUGACUCCGUGCUCAUCACUGGGAAGUUACCUGACAUCUCCUACCAGCCCAGCGUUCAGUUCCCCAAGAGUCACCUGAUGCUCUCUGACGGAAGUAACACCUCCACAGUGAUGGCUUACCUGACCGUGCCACAGCGCCACCUAGGCAAGGACUGUGUCAACUGCACCCCAGGCAUCAUUCACAACAAGUCAGUGUUCAGGAGUGUUGAGUUGCGGGCGAUGGCAGCGGUCAGCACUCUGCUGUACUCUGGUGGUCAGGAGGUCCAGGUGAAAGGCCCCAUCCAGAUCUCCCUGCCCCUGGCACACACCACCAACCUGAGGCCCUCGGACACCCUCCCUGCCUGGGACUUCAACACCAAGACAGGUGCUUGGGAGAACCAGGGUUUGGGGAUAGUGAAGAUGGUUGGAGAUCAUCUGGUCUGGACCUACAUUGCUUCUCACCUGGGUUACUGGAUCGCUGCACCCCUACCCUCCUCCAACGGUUAUAUGGGCCAUGCCAGCUCAAUGGAAUUCCUCUCCUACCACACCUACCUGCUCGUAGGAAUACUGGGUGGGACUCUGGUUAUAGUCUUGGGGUUUCUGGCUGUGCUGCUGUGUCAAUGUGGAGGUUCAGGUUCCUCUCGUGGGCCGAGGAGGAGAGCACGGUUCUCGAAGCGGUCCGCUCUGAAGAAGGACCAGACCACCUCCACCCACAUGGAGGAGGGCCAUGCCAUGAUGUCCUUCCACCCCGGAGACAGAGCCCACGGCCUGGCCUCGCGCAGCGUCCAGUGUGACCCCUCCACCCCCAGGCACAACAAAGCCAACUACAACAUCUAUGUGGAAGACCCCGGGCGUGGGUCCGCCCUCCUGUAUGAAAAUGUGGGGAGCGGGGCCAAGGGACCCCCGACAUCACACCACUACAUCAACAGUGAGGAGGUGGCCAGGCUGAGGGAGAGGUCCAGCGAGGAGCAGAACAGAGCCCACCUGGGUGGAGGUGCUCAGCUGCUCCACCUUUACAACCAGCCUGUGGCCAUCCUCCAGGCCCCGGAGCGCUUCAGCAGCCAAGGUGGGGAGCAGCAAGGAUCAGGCUGCAAGUCGGCCACCUUCCCCGGCGGCCAGGACCAGCCCCAGGCCCUGGAGACCACUCCCCAAGGCCCAGCCUCUAAUCCUGGGGCGUGGGGCCGGUACAGCAGCCUCCCGGAGUCCUCCGUUUCCGUCCCCGGUACUCUGAACGAGGCGGCUGGAAUGAGGGCCUUCAGCAGUGGGAUGGGGGCCAGUGAACUCCAGGGGAUAUCAGAGCGUACACUCCUGGAGCUGACCCGAGGCAAGGCCUCGUCGCCUCACCCCAGGGCCUGGUUCGUCUCCCUGGAUGGGAAACCAGCCGCCUCGGUCCGCCACUCCAUCAUAGAGCUCCAGGGACGCCACCCACGGCCCCCAAGCAACGACACCAGCCUGGACUCUGGCGUGGACAUGAAUGAGCCCCAGCAGAGUGUGAGGGAGGCGGAGCGAGAGAGGCCUUCCAUCCGUGGCUCGUUCCCCCACCACAGCAGAGGGCGCUACAGCGAGGAGCAGGACCUGAGCAGCAGUGAGAGCGGCACCACCGCCACCUGCACCCCUGAAGACCCCUACCUGAGGAACAUUCUGGACGGGAGCAGCGGGGCCAUUCCCAAUAUCCCGGAGGAGCGGGACGGAAUGGACACGUCCAGUGCACAGGAGGACAGUGAGUCGAGGGGGACACCGCCCCCACGCAGGCUGAGGAAGGUGAGGGAGAAGGGGAGGGCCGAGAAGAGAAGCGCCAGGCACCAUGUCAGAGAAGAGAGGCCUCUGGUCAAACGGAGCUAAGGCACUGUUCACCAGAGAUGGACUGGGAUGGGACUUAUUUCAAUACCAGUCAAUUCUGGAAGUGUAUUGACAUUAUUGGCAUUCAGUAGUUAAUGGGCAUGUUUCAUGUCCAGUUGCAUGGUCAGUGCUUUUUCCUCAAUUGGCUGUGAUGGUUACAGAAAUGUUGAAUCUGUCAAGAAGGGAUUGAGUUUAUUGUUGAUUGUUUUCCUAUAGGGGUCGUAUGUUGACGGACGGCUGAGACAACGUAUGGCGAUGUUAAAGCGUUUUCUGUGGUUUGAUGGAUGUGUAUGCUCCAGUCCUUCUAAAAGGAAUAGUUAGAUAGAUGCUAGUGGACACAGCAGUAGUAUGGCUUCAGAUCGUCUCAUUCCUGGCAUCUGCGUCAAAGAAGAUGUGUUCUUUACACUGCCUGCGAUGAGGAGUCAGAGAUGCUGUAUAGCGAGAUAAUGAAGGGUAAUUAGAGAGGAUAGAGGGCUGUAUUGGGCUGAGCCGAUGAGAUCUGGCAGCAGAGACGGACAGUGAUACAGUCCUCCUGUACAGAACACUGACACUUACCCACCGUGAUUGCCUGCCUUUAAAGGAAAUCGAUAUUAACACCAUUGCCUGCUCUGCUCACAGUGUUUAAGACUGGCUGUACCCAGCCAUCUGUCUAUUGCUCUGUUUGUAAACUAGACACUGAUUCACAGCUGUCCCUUUUAGAGGUCAUCUUUACACCUCUAUUAAGGGGGAAAUACCAUUAUUUCUUUGAGAAUGCAUGAAAGGUAUAAAGUCAAAUGUUGUGUAUGAAAAGAGGAAAGUGUGUGUAUUUGACUUGUAGUGUGAAGACAAUGGAAAGGAUUCUCUUCUUAGGGACAUUAAGUCUGAGGGAUACUAAUCCAGUCAUGUGUUACUUUAACGUAUUCGUCUUCAAAUAGUUACUGUUGAUGUUCAAUGAUUCCUGUUCAACGAGCAGAUCUUACACAACACAUCGCUGUCCUUACAUACAGAUGGAGUAUUGGGAGGUGGUCAGUUUAAGCUUUCAUUGUUCAGUCUAAAAAGCACAGAACACAAUUGGGAACGAUACACGUAAUAUAAUUUGAUUGGUUAGAACCCACUGCAAUGAGAACGUAAUAAGCGUAACAUAAAACACUCAAAUAAAUGAAAGCACUCAAAUGUUUUUGUUGUUGUAAAAAGUGAGGUGGUAUUUCAAAUGAACACAAACUAUAUUGCUGUGAUGGACUGAUACAUUUGGUGAAGCACACAAUCUCCUCCUGAAAAUGAUCUGACCAGCGAUAUCAGUCGUCCUGCUGCUAAAUUUGAAACAACAUUCAUAUUUUGCCCAUAUUUAGUCUUCCUCGUGGUGUGACAUCACACACGCCAGUCCUUCAGUGUGUAUGAGGAUAAAUACUGUACAUGAAUAGCUUUAUUUGGUAUGUACAUACUCAAGCAUAUGAUCUAGUAUGUGUGAUCGUGUAUUUUUAUGUAUGUAUGCAUACAUCGUCCUAUCCUUUCUCAGCAACUGCGACAAAAAAUGUUCCAAGAGAAUGAGAAUGCUUCUCAGAGUGAAGAAGAAAGAUGUGCUUUUUUGAGCCAUCAUCACUAUUCAUGAACCCAAGCUUUAGUGUAUGUGCUUUACUUCGGAGGUUUGUUACAUUAUUGUAUGUUAGCUUUGGUGCGAUGAAUAGGUUCAAAUGUGAUCCGGGGUGUAAAAAGCUUGACGACGUAGCAACUUCUACCUUCUAAAUGUAGCAGCGCAAGUUAUAUACCUGACGAAUGCAGCGAUGAUUUAUGAAGCUUAAAAUGAUUGAAGGCUGAACAUGUUGUUAUUGUCGCCACUGAUGAAGGUUAGGAAAAACAAGAUGUUUCAACCGUUGGAGAAUUGUAUAAAGUAUAGUAUGUAAUAAUAUUUCUCAGAGACAAAACAGACCCCACUGGCCCAUCCUUUUCAAAGUGGCCUUCACUGAAUGUAUUUCCUUGUAUUUAUUUCAUUGUAAUGUAGUGUAUUUCUACUGUCCAUAUUCAUUUAACAUUAACUGGCAUUCAGGCUUUUGAAACAGGCAUUUCUUGUGUUGAUUACGUCAGUAUAUUACAGUAGUGUGAUUAGUCUGCCUUUUUGUGCACUUAUCAAUGCCUAAGUAAUAAACUCACUUGAUACCAA